AUGCGAAUGUUAGCAUAUGGUGUGGCAGCAGAUGCGGUCGAUGAAUACAUCAAAAUAGGAAGUAAUACAGCAUUGGAAUGCUUACUUAGAUUCUGCAAAGGAAUCAUACGACUCUAUGAGGAAGUGUAUUUGAGAGCACCAACCCAAGAUGACCUGCAAAGAAUACUGCAUGUUAGUGAAAUGCGGGGGUUCCCAGGGAUGAUCGGCAGUAUUGACUGCAUGCACUGGGAGUGGAAAAACUGUCCUAAAGCAUGGGAAGGUCAAUUUACUAGGGGGGAUAAGGGAACCACCACAGUUAUUCUGGAAGCAGUUGCAUCUCAUGAUCUAUGGAUCUGGCAUGCCUUUUUUGGAUGUUCGGGAACGUUGAACGAUAUAAACGUUUUAGACCGGUCACCAGUGUUUGAUGAUGUGGAACAGGGAAAGGCUCCGAGGGUGAAUUACUUUGUGAAUCAACGUCCCUAUAAUAUGACAUACUAUCUAGUUGAUGGUAUCUACCCUUCGUAUCCAACUUUCGUCAAAUCAAUUAGACUUCCUCAAAGUGAACCCGAUAAGUUAUUUGCAAAACAUCAAGAGGGAUGUCGGAAAGACAUCGAACGUGCUUUUGGAGAUCCAUUUCCAUUUCUGCCCCAUUCUCGUUCUCAAUUUCAAUACCCUCCUUCUCCGGUUUCAAUUCAAUUUCGUUUUCAAUUUCUAACAACAACCCCUCUUAUCAAUUUUUGGAAUUGCAACCUAAAAGAAAAGAUGAAAGUUGAGGAUGAUGGCAUGUUUCCAUGGCUCUUCUUGAAAAAGGGUGUACAAGGGACACAAAUUGAAGCAAAUUAG